AUGAACGUCUACUUAAUGGAACUUAUUGCAGGUCAUGUCCUAUUCAGACAUGGCGAUCGCACACCUAUUUCUACAUAUCCAACAGAUCCUAUGAAGGAAAAAGACUGGCCCAAUGGGUACGGUCAAUUGACAUCUACGGGAAUUGAACAACAUCACCGUCUUGGUCAAUACAUUCGCACUCGAUAUGAAUCAAUUCUAAAUGCGACCUUUGAUCCACGUGAGAUUGUUGUUCGUUCGACAGAUUAUGAUCGAACGUUGAUGUCUGCACAAUCGAAUCUGAUCGGUUUAUAUCCAGCAAUGAAUGUAACAAGUGACAAGGUGCCUGUUCAACCUAUUCCGAUACAUACUGUACCGAUGUCAGAAGAUUUUCUGCUCGGUGUGAACACUUGUCCGAGAUAUGAUGAAAUCGAACAAGGAGUGUAUCAAACUGAUGAAUUCAAAAGAAUGAAUGCGUACUAUAAGCCAUUUUUCGAAAAACUUCAAGUUUGGACAGAUAUUAGUAAUAUCACUAUGUACAAUGCAUGGGAUAUAGCUGAUACAAUAUUUGUUGAGCAUCUCUAUCACAAAGAGCCUGCAUGGGCUACUGAAGAAGUUCGAAAUAAUCUCACUGCUAUCAACCAACUUUCAUUUCAUUUUCUUUAUUUGGACGACGAUACAAAACGCAUUCGAGGAGGCCCAUUUGUACAAGAUGUCUGGUCAAAUAUGAACCAAUCUAAACACGGUUUUGCGAUUCCCAAGCUAAAGAUGUACUCAGCGCACGAUACGACAGUUAGUGCAGCAUUAGCUUUUCUUCGCAUAAACUAUCCACAUCAACCUCAAUAUGCAUCCGCUCUUUUCAUUGAUCUCUACAAACAAAAUCAAACAUACUAUGUUAAAGUGGAAUAUCUCAAUGUGACAGAUUCAAAUAAACCACAGCCAUAUUUAUUGGAAGGUUGUCCAAAGGUUGAAUGUCCACUGGACAUUUUCACCGCAAUCUACCAGCCUCGUUUUCCAGGCAAAGUGGAAGUUGAAUGUGGAAGCAAGAACAAACCACCAAUUAGUAAAUGUUUGCCUGCUGUCAUUCAUGUCGUGGAUCGAAAACCAAUGUACAUAUAUUUGAUUUUCUUCGUUCUUUGUACUUGCGCCAAUGCCUCUCGUAUGAAACUGAUCGCAGGUCAUGUUAUAUUCAGACAUGGUGAUCGCACACCUCUCGCGUCCUAUCCAUCAAAUCUAAUUAAAGAAGAAAAUUGGCCCAAUGGAUACGGUCAAUUGACAUCCAUUGGUAUUGAACAACAGUAUCGCCUUGGUCAGUAUCUUCGCACUCGAUAUGGAUCGAUUCUCAGUAGUACGUUCGAUCCUCGCGAGAUUUUUGUUCGUUCAACGGACUUUGAUCGGACAUUGAUGUCUGCUGAAUCGAACCUUCACGGUUUGUAUCAUCAAAGAAAUAUAUCGAAUAAUCGAAUGUCCGUUCAACCUAUUUCAAUGCACACCGAACGUGCGGCAAACGAUUUUCUUCUUGGACAGAAUGAUUGUCCCAUAGUCAAUCGCAUCACUAACGAAGCUUAUCAGAGCGAAACGUUCAAACAAUUGAAUGAAUUUUAUCAACCAUUUUUCGAAAAACUCCAAAUGUGGACAAAUGCCAGUAAUAUCACUCUAUACAACACACAACAUAUCCCUGACAGUGUUUUGGUUGCACACAUACAUAACAAAGCACCGGCAUGGGCUACCGAAGAUGUUAGAAAGACUUUAGCAGAAAUAAAUAACAUUAUCUUCUACUUUUCGUUUGUAAAUGAUACAGUAAAACGCAUAAGAGGAGGUCCAGUGAUACAAGACAUUUGGUCAAAUAUGAAUAGAUCAGUGCAUCAUGAUACGUUUUACAAACUAAGAAUGUAUUCAGCUCACGAUACAACAGUCAGUGCAGCAUUAGCUUUUCUUCACAUCCAUUAUCCAUUUCAACCACAAUAUGCAUCCGCUCUUUUCAUUGAUCUCUACAAACAAAAUCAAACAUACUAUGUUAAAGUGGAAUAUCUCAAUGUGACAGACUCAAAUAAACCACAGCCAUAUUUAUUGGAAGGUUGUCCAAAGGUUGAAUGUCCACUGGACAUUUUCACCACAAUCUAUCAACCUCGUUUUCCGGGCAAGGCGGAAGUUGAAUGCGAAAAUAAACCUUCUAUCGAAGUGCCAAAGCAAUGGUAG